GCGCAGGGAUCGAAGCCGCUUGUUCAGUUGUUGACUUGUUAUCUGAUUCGCGGCCUAGUGCUCUGCGCACUCUACCUAAGCUAAUCAAUCCCCUUGCUUCGCGUGCGCCAAUUAGAGCUAAGUAGCUAGCAAGCUCCUGAGCCAGCAGCUGCCUGCUUCACUGUCCCACGCUUGAUCGCACGCAGCUGCGGCCGGUGAUCGACGUCGAUCGAUCAAGGAUGAUGUGGGGUCGGCGGCCGUCGCUCCCUGCUCUUGUUGCCGUCCUCGUCCUCGUGGGCAGCUGCUGCUCCGCGGAGACCUCGGAGUCGCCGGCGGCGGCGGCGGCAGACGAGCUGAGCGGCGGUGGAGGGAUGCGGCGGCGCGCGGCGUCGGUGAUGGUGCCCAUCACCAUCCUCACGUCCGCCGUCAGCGAGGGCGCCGUGUGCAUGGAUGGAACACCACCAGCUUACAACUUGGAUCCUGGCUCUGGGGCAGGGAGCAGAAGCUGGAUUGUCAACCUAGAGGGAGGGGCAUGGUGCAACAGCGUCAAGACAUGCCGGCUCAGCAAGGGGACCGGCCGGGGCUCGUCGGACCACAUGGAGAAGGAGAUCGCCUUCACCGGCAUCAUGAGCAGUAGCCGAGCCGUCAAUCCCGAUUUCUACAACUGGAACCGAGUGAAGAUCCGCUACUGCGACGGUGGAUCUUUUGCCGGCGAUGCAUACAACAAGCAGGCUGGGAUUUAUUUCCGGGGCCAGCGCAUCUGGAACGCUGUCAUCAAGCACCUCCUCUCCAUUGGGAUGGCCUCUGCAGAUCAGGUGCUGCUCACCGGCUGCUCCUCCGGUGGGCUGGCGGUGAUACUGCACUGCGACCAGCUCCGGGCCUUCUUCCCGCCCGCCGCCGGCGGCCGGCAAACCACCGUCAAGUGCCUCUCCGACGGCGGCCUCUACCUCGACGCCGUGGAUAUCUCCGGAGGCCGCAGCUUGAGAUCCUACUUCGGCGACAUCGUGGCCUUGCAGGGGAUACCUCAGAGCCUGCCGGGGUCUUGCACCGCCCAUCUGGACGCCACCUCGUGUUUCUUCCCCCCAAACAUAAUCAAAGACAUGAAGACCCCAUUGUUCAUCCUAAAUGCAGCAUACGACGUCAUUCAGAUUUCGCUGAGCCUGGCUCCGGACAGAGCUGAUCCCAGCGGCUCUUGGCGAACUUGCAAGUCCAACCGUUCAGCCUGCAAUGCGUCCCAGAUGAACUUCCUGCAAGGUUUCAGGGACCAGAUGGUAUCAUCUGUGCAGGGCUUCUCCCAGUCCAGGAGCAACGGGUUGUUCAUAAGCUCCUGCUUUGCGCACUGCCAGUCAGAGCAGCUGGGCACCUGGAACAAUGUUCCAGGUCGCUCCCCCACCAUUCAGAACAAGGGUAUUGCAAAAUCAGUCGGUGACUGGUACUACAAUCGAGCUGAAGUUAAGGCGGUCGAUUGCCGCUAUCCAUGCGACAAAUAUUGCCACCACAUCAUGUGAGAAGAUCCACCUUUCAGUUUUGCAGUGUGCACAGCAUAUGGGUUCUCAAUAGGGUAUAUCACAUUGAUUUGAGAAGCACAAGAAAUAAAGACAUUGGAAUUCUAAAGCAGAGUACAGCUUUCCUUCAGUUAAUUCAGACACAUGAAGAUCCAUUCAAUGGAAUACAUGGAAUCAUGUGGACCCUGUAGUCGCUAUCUGUCAUUCUUGCCAGUUGCCAUACUACCAGCAAAUGUUAUGUAGAUUAGAAUUCUUUCUGGCUGCUCAUGUUAACCCUGCAAAAACUUGUAAAUGAGACUUAUGUGAUUUCUGCCAGCAAGAAUGGAUUACAACAUUAUACAAAACCGUGGGUACAGGAACAAAAACUCUUCCUGUGGCAAA